CUUCUUCCCUUGCGUUGGCCAGAUAAUGUGUACAUUCCGUUUGCUAUGUUGUCAGCAACACUCUUCGCCGAUUCGAUCUCCAUAAUUAUGAUAUUUGAUAAUUAUAAUUAUUAUUAUUUACGCCACCGAUUAUUGAGAUCAAACUGCAACUCAACUUUUUAGCAAGUGCACUCGAGUUUCGACUUAUGACGAAAUAAGUAGAUCGAGUUGAAUCUCGAACCACCCGGUAUGACCAAACGGUAUUAUUGUGAUCGAGCUGAAUGCAAGCAACAUUCUCAAACAUUCUUUGCUGCUCACAUAAGGCGUUUGAUCGAACAAAAUCAUUAUGAAAUAAGCAAGUGUGAUUGGAACUGUAUGUUCGCUUUGAGCACGCUCGCUUACGAUAAUUCAUUUCUGUUGAAGCAAAGUUUUGCGUCACAAAAAAUCCAAGUCAAUGGGUCUCAUACAUAAAAAGGAGUAAAAGCGCUGAGUUGAGUCAAGUGAGCAAUUGCUCGUAUAUCGAGUUCGAUCAAACAGCAACAGCUCUUGCUCAAUUUCGUAAGCAUAAAAAUGAGUUCAAACCAAUUACAAUUAUAUGAGCAAACGGAAAUCAAACCUCUAAGUGUAAACAUGUCGUCAAGUGGAAGUGAAUUUGAAGUAGAGCUAAAAAAUAAUAAUAAAAUGGAAAUUGACGAUAUUUCAAAAUUUUUGGUAGACAAAAUAAAUAUUUACUAGAAAAAAGUCAGUUACCAAGUAUAAAAAGUAAAUAAAAACAAGCAAUAGAAAUAUGUGUGAAACAAAUUUGGAAUGGAACUGUCGGAGAAAAACAUUAUAAAAAAAAUAGCAAACAUGAAAUGUUGGGUUAAAAGUAAAAUAGACAUUAAUAAAACCGGCAAUAAAAAGAUUAUUUUAAAAAAUUGGGAAGCAAAAUUAUCCUCAUUGCUCUGUUCUGAUUCUAAUCACUCAACAAACAAACUUCCUGUUCAUCUCUCUCUUGGAAGCAAUGGCGACAACAGUACGCUGUAUGUCAAUACAUUAGAAGAGACAUCAGCAACAACAACAUCAGAAACAAAAACAACAGCAACAUCAGCAGCAAAACAGCAAGAAAGCGACGUUGCACUGAUAGCGACGAUCAAACUGUUAACAAAAAGACAACAGCAAUUUUGAGUCGUUAUGGGACUGAUGAGACAAGGGAGUUAAAUUUUGAAAGUCUGCAGAGGCUUGUUCUGUUAAAGCAAAAGAAAGUUCUUUCCCCAAAAUUACAGAUUUUGCAAGAAAAACUUGGGGAAAGAGGGUUGGAGUUCCCUCAGUGAUUACGUUUAUUAAUAAAUAAUUAAUUAGUAUUAUAUUUUUGUACAUACAUAUUUUAUUAUUAUUUUUAUUCGUUAAAUAGUGAAUUACAUUUAUUUUGUUUUUGUAUAAAAAAUUGGAUUUUAAUAAUGUUAAUUGUUUUUAUAAACCAAAAAAAAUAAAAAUACUCUUUUAUUUUAUUUUUAUUACAAACUAAUUUGAUAAUAAAUUUGCGAUCAUCCUCCUUUUGUUUUUUCCAGCUUUUGAAAGUCUUGCUGUUUGUUGUUCGAUAUAAUUUUCUAAUUGCCAUACAUCAUUAUUGUUGUAAUCGUCGUUGAUUAGGAUGUAAUCGUCUUUUAAAAAUUUAGCUAUGUUAUGUAAAAUGAAACAACUAGCUAUUACGUGAGGCGCCAGCUCUGUCGAUACACGAAUUUUGUAUUGAAGUAUCGAAAAUCUUUCCUUCAAUUGCCCAAAACACCGCUCUAUAUUGACACGUUCCUUUGUAAACACUUCGUUGAACUUUUUCUCUAUUUCAGUUGUUGGGUUCCGGAAUGGUGUCAUUAGCCAUGGACAUAUCCCAUAGCCCUCAU